CAAACCUCUAUCUCUUCCUCAAUCUUCAUAUCUCAAAAAUCCUCCAUAAAACUAUUAUUAUACAAUCUACAUUUCCCAUUUUACCCUCGCUUCUCCUUCAAAUUCUCACCCCAUUGCCACUUCACUCAGAUGUCUUGUGCACUGAAAUGAAGAACACGAUUCAAAUCCUCCUCCUCUUCUUCUUCUUCCUCUUCAUCAAUCUCACCAACUCUUUCUCUCACGGCGGUGUUCUCUCCGAUAACGAAGUCCGUCACAUUCAACGCCGUCAAUUACUCGAAUUCGCCGAACGAAGCGUCAAAAUCACCGUUGAUCCUUCUCUAAUCUUCGAGAAUCCGAGAUUAAGAAAUGCUUAUAUAGCUUUACAAGCUUGGAAACAAGCGAUUCUCUCUGAUCCAAACAAUUUCACUUCGAAUUGGAUCGGAUCCAAUGUCUGUAACUACACCGGAGUUUUCUGUUCUCAGGCGCUUGAUAAUCGGAAGAUCCGUACCGUCGCCGGAAUCGAUCUCAAUCACGCCGAUAUCGCUGGUUAUUUACCUGAAGAGCUUGGUUUGUUAUCAGAUCUCGCUUUGUUUCAUGUUAAUUCAAACCGGUUUUGUGGUACUGUACCACACCGGUUUAACCGGCUUAAGCUACUUUUCGAGCUUGAUCUUAGUAACAACCGGUUCGCCGGGAAAUUCCCGACGGUUGUCUUGCAAUUACCGUCGUUGAAGUUUUUGGAUCUCCGGUUUAAUGAAUUUGAAGGAACUGUACCGAAAGAGCUUUUUAGUAAAGAUCUUGACGCGAUUUUUAUAAACCAUAACCGGUUCCGGUUUGAGUUACCGGAGAAUUUCGGUGAUUCGCCGGUUUCGGUUAUUGUUUUGGCGAAUAACCGGUUCCAUGGUUGUGUACCUUCGAGUUUGGUGGAGAUGAAGAAUCUUAACGAGAUCAUCUUUAUGAACAAUGGUCUUAAUUCUUGUUUACCGUCUGAUAUCGGACGGUUAAAGAGCGUGACGGUGUUUGACGUUAGUUUUAACGAACUUGUUGGGCCGUUACCGGAGAGUGUUGGUGAGAUGGUUUCGGUGGAGCAGCUUAAUGUGGCGCAUAAUAAGUUGUCGGGGAAUAUUCCGGCGAGUAUUUGUCAGUUACCGAAGCUUGAGAACUUCACUUAUAGUUACAAUUUCUUUACUGGAGAAGCGCCUGUGUGUUUGAGGUUGCCGGAGUUUGAUGAUCGGAGAAAUUGUUUGCCGGGAAGACCUGCUCAGAGGUCGCCAGGGCAAUGUAAAGCUUUCUUGUCUCGUCCUCCGGUGAAUUGUGGAUCGUUUAGUUGUGGUCGUUCUGUUUCGCCUCGUCCUCCGGUGGUUGUAACGCCGUUACCACCGCCUUCUUUGCCAUCUCCACCACCGUCGCCAAUUUUCUCAACACCUCCUACGCUUUCUUCGCCUCCACCUCCACCUCCUCCGGUUAACUCUCCGCCACCUCCUUCACCGCCUCCGCCUGUUUAUUCUCCUCCUCCUCCACCGCCAGUUUAUUCUCCACCACCACCCCCACCGCCUCCUCCGCCAGUAUAUUCUCCUCCACAACCACCACCAGUCUAUUCUCCUCCACCACCACCACCGCCCCCACCUCCGCCGGUCUACUCUCCUCCACCUCCUCCGCCUUCUCCAGCACCAACUCCAGUUUAUUGCACCCGUCCACCACCACCACCUCCUCAUUCGCCGCCACCACCACCACAGUUUUCUCCCCCACCACCUGAACCUUACUACUAUAGCUCACCACCACCACCGCAUUAUUCACCGCCGCCGCAUUCACCUCCACCACCACAUUCACCUCCCCCACCAAUUUAUCCGUAUCUGUCUCCACCGCCCCCACCAACACCAGUUUACUCUCCACCACCCACUCCGGUCUAUUCCCCUCCUCCCCCACCUCCUUGUAUAGAACAACCACCGCCACCACCUCCACCGUGUAUAGAGUAUUCACCUCCUCCACCAGUCGUUCAUUAUAGCUCUCCGCCUCCACCGCCAGUCUACUACAGCUCUCCGCCACCUCCAACAGUCUAUUACAGCUCUCCACCUCCGCCACCUCCAACAGUCUAUUACAGCUCUCCACCUCCGCCACCGCCGGUUCAUUACAGCUCACCCCCACCACCGGAAGUCCAUUACAAUUCUCCGCCGCCACCUCCAGUACACCACAGCUCUCCACCGCCUCCACCAUCAGCUCCAUGUGAAGAUUCUCCUCCACCAGCACCGAUAGUUCAUCACAGUCCACCACCGCCGAUAGUUCAUCACAGUCCACCACCGCCGAUAGUUCACCACAGUCCACCACCUCCGGUAAUCCACCAAAGCCCACCACCGCCGUCUCCUGAAUAUGAAGGACCACUACCACCGGUCAUCGGAGUAUCAUACGCGUCUCCUCCACCACCGCCGUUCUAUUGAUUCUUUUGAGAAACACGAGACUGAAACGAUGACGUGGCACGAAUCCUAAACAGA